AUGUCAUUACAGUCGCGCAUAUCCGCAGCGCCAGGACGGCCUAUUCUCACUUCGCUCAAUGGCGACAGCAGCUGGCUUCUCUCUUUUCCCAAACCUUUCGCCGCUCGUCAGACUAUUCCAGGCGGCAAAUUAUACUACCACAUUGUGUUGGACCCCUGGCUUGCGGGCCCUUCGAGCUAUGGAAGCUGGCUUAUUCACAUCGAACUGGUAAAAGAAGCGAAGAUCAAGGACGGAAAAGGUGUAGAUGUGCUUGUGAAGGAGAUUGAACUUGCCGCUGGAGGUUCUGGAAAUGCGGAGUCAGCAAAGGUCGACGCAAUCUUUGUUUCUGCACGCCUAACGGACCACAUGCAUGAAGCGACCCUGUGCACCUUCGAUCCAGCCAUUCCCGUAUUCGCAGCUCCAGAAGCAACGUCAACAAUCGAAGGAUGGAAACAUUUCGACACCGUUAUGUCGAUGAAGGACUUCACCCCGAACGAUGACGACAAACUUAAUUGGCGCAACUUUCAUCCAAGCACCCCACUCCCAUCUUGGCUGAGUGUGUUCCGGCUCGCUGGACACACAGAACUCAAUUUCGCCACUGCCAUCGUCUGGACUCCGUCACCUGACAACGAUUCAGCGGACUCGGAAGCGAUAAUUUACUCUCCUCAUGGCAUCCAUGUCUCCCGGCCUACCAUCCAGUCUUUUCUGAAAACACCAAAUAUCUCCAUCCUCGCCAUGCUCCAUGGCCUGAAAUUAAACCGGGCAUUUGGCGUGCUUGCUGCGCUCGGUGUUCCAGCGGGUCUUGCGCUCGAGCGGGUCGCAAAACCACGCUACUGGGUCAACACUCACGACUCUGAACUGCGGUAUUCGGGCAUUGUGAUGUGGAUUGGCUGGGUUAAGGACUAUUGGAAGACGAUUGAGGAGGGAAUGCAAAUGAUUGGGGAUAAAGGGCCCAAACCGAAUUUCGUGGACGUUCCUAUGGAGGACAGUUUGCUUCUGGUCUAG